UUUUGAUGAUGUGUUUAAUGGUGAAUGCAGAAGGCAAAAUCGGGAUCGAGUUCCUAGCCCAGAGUGUUUUCAGGUUGGUUGGGAGCGGAUCCUCAAGUUAGAAAGGAAACAGGCCAUCUGAGAUUUCCGUAGCUAUGGGAGGGACCCCAGCACCUUCCUCCCCCACCCCCAAUGGAAAGAAAGGGCCCAUUGCGGAGAGUGGCAGGGGAGGGUCCCGAAUUGCCCCUUCCUCUCUCUUUCAAAGCCUGGCCAAGGCCUGUUAUCAGUCACUUGUGAGUUUUGGGGGGGAUGGUGGGGGGGAGGCUCUGUUUGCUCCUGUAAAGCUUAAUUGGGCAUUUUCCUGCAAGGAAGAGCCAAGCCAUCCCUUAUUGUCAGGCAGGUCUUUUCCGUGAAGGGGCCACCCACCGUAGCCAGGAGAGCGCCUGGGCGCAUCUGGGGAGUGCCAGCGUCUUUUCAAGGCACAGCAGAAGGGAAGUUCGUUUGUUUCCCCUUUGAACCAACUCAAAUCCGAAUUCAGUUCCUUUCCCCCGGGUGUGAAUCUGUCUCUUCUGCUCUGACAUCAAAGACACCAAACGGCCGCUUGGGAACCCCCCCCCCUAAAAACAAAUGACUGUUUUUGAGAGUCCCCUCUCCAGGAAUGCGAGCGGCUGGCUGCCUUUCUGCGGCUGAGGAAGUGACCCAGGGUGGCCCUUUCCAAUUGGACCUCGGAUGGUCAUCCUGCCUUUACUGCAUCCAGAUGCAUCACCUCGUUUUAAACCGUUUUUUUUAGGCGGCUUUUUAAAGGGGGAAAAGGAAGAGACCCGACCUGAUGGGUGUCCAAUGGGCUCCUUGGCUGGCCCCGUGCCAGGCCUGGGCGGCUCUGUUUUCCUGUCCCGUGGCUGGAAGGAGGCACGGCUCCUGCCCUUUGGCUGCUGCAGGGGGGAGGGACGGACGGGUUGGCAUUUCUCCCUGGCAGCUGCCAAGGCUUUUCUCUGCUGCGGUUGCUGAGUGGCAACAUGGCUGGUCUCUUGGCUCGCAGGGGCCGAGGCUUACUCCGGGCCUCACUCCUGGGCAUCCCGCACAGGGCACCGGCGGUGCCCUCCUGCUGCAGCGAGACCCACCUGGCCCUCCCCCGGGGCAUCGGCUGCAGCACUCCUGCCGGUUCUUUCCUACACGGCCCCCUGGGCAGGAAGCUGCCCUGCCCUCGCCGGGCGUCAGGCUCUGCGUUCAACAUGCCCCCCAGCGCCGAGGAGAUAGCCAGGCCGGUGGGCGUCUCCUCCAUGUUCAAGCUCCCCAUGCGGGAUUCGGCCGAAGGGCUGAACGUGGCCUUCGUGGGCGUCCCUCUUGACAUCGGCACCACCCACCGCCCUGGGGCCAGGUUUGGCCCAAGGCACCUCCGUGCCGAGUCGAUCUUGGUGCGCCAUUUCAACCCGGCCACUGGGGCCGACCCCUACCACUCGCUCCAGGUGGCCGACAUCGGGGAUGUCAACAUCAACCUCUACGACCUGAAGGACAGCUGCAAGAGGAUCCGGGAAGCCUUUCGGGGGAUCGUGGCGGGGGGCUGCGUCCCCCUCACACUGGGCGGAGACCACACGAUCACCUACCCCAUCCUGCAGGCCAUGGCAGAAAAACACGGCCCGGUGGCACUGAUCCACGUGGACGCCCACACCGACACAGCUGACCAAGCCCUGGGGGAGCGGAUCUACCACGGCAGCCCUUUCCGGCGCUCGGUGGAGGAGGGGUUGCUGGACUGCCAGCGGGUCUUCCAGAUUGGGAUCCGGGGCUCCUCCUACUCUCCGGAUCCGUACAGGUUUUCCUGGGAUCAGGGCUUCCGGGUGGUGCUGGCUGAAGACUGCUGGAUGAAGUCUCUGGCCCCCCUGAUGGUCGAAGUGAGGGAGCAGGUGGGGGACCGGCCACUCUACAUAAGCUUCGACAUCGACGCGCUGGAUCCGGCCUUUGCUCCAGGCACAGGGACCCCCGAGACGGCAGGUCUCACCCCAGCCCAGGCCCUGGAGAUCCUCCGAGGCUGCCAAGGAUUACGCAUCGUAGGGGGGGACCUGGUGGAAGUGGCCCCUGUGUACGACCUGUCCGGUAACACCGGACUCCUGGGUGCCAACCUGCUCUUCGAAAUGCUGUGCGCCCUCCCUGGAGUGAAGAGGCAUCCCGUCCCCCAAAAGGCCACGCAAUGUGAAUAGAAAGGGGGGGGGGCUGCCUCUGGGACCUGGGCUUUGCAACAUCUUCUUUUCCCUUUUUCAGAACAGGAAGUAGCUAGUCCUCAUUGCUGCAGUGAAAACCUGAGGGGAUAGUGGCAGGAGGCCGGCUCCUGAGGAUCCCGAGUCCUCCGUUUAGGGGGAAGAGGCUGAUCCAGCAACAUCAGCAGAGUUUUUCCGCCCCCCCCCCACCUCAAGAAGCAUGGGAUUUAUCGAGAGGAAGAUUGGAACCCAGAUCCCUGGAAGAGAGCCAGCUGCCUUUUAGAGCCCCUCUGAACAUACAGGGGCCAAUGAAACUGACAUGGGGUCCCCCCUCCCCUCCCUCUCAGCCGCGGUCCCUACGCAUCUUGGGGGAACCGGCCCCCUCAGUGAAACCCACCCAGCACGAAGCAUACUUGGGGAUCCCAGUUCCCCAGAGAAUCUGGAAGCCCCCCCCCCAUGGUUUCCGGUGUCAUGGUAGGGCCAAAGGGAAGAC